UUCAAAUUCCCGCCCCUAACGGAAAAGUGCAAGAAAAUCGAAAAUUUCACAAUCUCAAAAUUGAAAUUCUCAUUUUUUUUCUUCUUACAGAAACCAGAAAGAAAAGAAGAAGAAAAAAAAUCCAAUGUCAUCAUCAAAGAACAACAACAACAUGAACGAUGUUGAUCGUUUGUUCGCUUGUUUCAAAUGCGGUAUAUCACCACCCAAAUCUGCAUUGAUUGAAAGAAAAAGGAGGAAAAGGAAAUUGGAGAACAAUGGGUUUGCAGCAGAAUCUCCAAAUCAAGGAUCAAUUGGAAGAGAAGAGAAAACUCCUUUAUCACGCAUCAAAACUACAAAUCUAGAAUCUUCAAUUGAGAAACUUAAAUCAGCAAUAGCUAAAACCAAAAGUUGUAGUAAUCGGAAGCAGAUAUCUCCAGUUGUAUUCUAUGGUUCACCUCAUGGCGUACCUCCGAAAAAACCAACUCGUUUAUGGCGUUUGUUGCAUGAGAUACGUAUUGAUCUCUCUCAGCGAAAUAAACAGAACAUAAGGAAAGAAGUUUGGUUUACAUUCCCAAGGCAGGAUGAAGCAAUAAAUUUUGCCAAAGGUCAAGAAGAUGUUCAUCUCUUUAGUUAUCAAAAUCACUUUAAUGGCCAGAGAAGGUUCCUUGUGUCUACAUAUACAGAAUUCUGGCGAAGGUACAAAAACAUGGAUUCCAAAUUCCGUCAUCAUUAUGAAGUGAUUCAAGAGGGUUUACCGUGCCACCUUUAUUUUGAUUUGGAGUUUAAUAGAAAAGUCAACGUAGGAAAGAAUGGAGACGAAAUGGUUGAUCUUUUGAUAUCAGUAGUUCUUGAAGCCUUACAUGAAAAGUAUGAAAUCCAUGGAGACCAUGAUUGGAUAGUAGAACUUGAUUCUUCAACUGAAGAUAAGUUCUCUCGUCAUCUAAUAAUUCGCAUACCGAAGGCUGCUUUCAAGGAUAACUCCCAUGCAGGUGCAUUUGUUUCAGAAAUAUGCUCAAGAAUUCUAAAUGCAAGGGGGAAAGAUAAAAGUUAUGAAAAAUUGUUUAUCGCAAAAGAUUCAAGUACCAAUGAAUCUGCUAGCCAACUUUUUGUGGAUACUGCUGUAUAUACCCGGAAUCGUUGUUUCCGUCUUCAUCUAUCUUCAAAGGCAGGAAAAAGUUCAAUUCUUUUGCCAACAGAGAGAUUUAAGUGCAAGAAUUUGAGUGAAGAAGACAUGUUCAUGGCUUCCUUGAUAUGCAACAUGGACGCUGAUUGCGGAAAGCUUCUUGUCUGCAAACCAGACUUAGAUUGUGUGAAGACUCUGCAUUUUGAUACAGAGUUGAAUGGUAACGUUGGACACUCUGUCCAAAGUCAUACAGAAUUUGCAUUAAAUACUUGUACAAGUGAUGUUUCAACAACAUACUUCAUGGGAAAGUCACCAUUCCCACGUCUGGAAGAAUUUAUAUUAUCCGUUGCCUCUGUGGGAAACAUACCAGGAAAAAUUCAUAGCUGGUAUUUAUUCUCUGAAUUUGGACUGAUGGUCUACAGCAUGAUAAAAAAUAGAUAUUGCGAGCGAAUUGGCAGACCUCAUAAAAGCAAUAAUGUGAUAUACGUUGUUGAUCUAAGAAUGGCAGUGUAUUAUCAGAAAUGUCAUGAUCCUGACUGCAGAGGUUACCGAUCUUCCUCGCGACCAAUUCCAGUUCACGUGUUGGCCAAUCCUUCAGUUGUUAUUGGUUCAUCUGGGAUGUUAGAUGAUAAACAUUCAGAAGAUGAGCAGGGACAUCAACCGAAUGAUAACAAGCCCAAUUUUCUGCAAUAUGAAGACACUGUUGAAGACAACUACAGUGAUUCAUGGUGGCUAGAAGCGAUAAAAGUAGUUGAGGAAGUGGAGAAUAAGAAAACUGCAACAGAGCUAUGCAGCAAGGAGGCAAUUGAUGAUGGAGAUGAAGAAUGGUGGCUGGCUGUAGAAAGCACUGCAUCCCAGGUUGAACUGACAUAUACUUCAACUAAUUCAGAAUGUUCACAGCACAAUUCAGCUCGCCAGUAAUGUGAUGUGCAAGUAAUGAUGAAUCUGUCCAUUUGUAUGAUACUCUAUUCAGAAGGUCUCAGAUGAAACGAGUUUCUGUGGCUCUGUACUUUUUUGAUCAAUAAUUAGCUGUAAGGACUUGAUGAUUGAAGCCAAAAAAGGGGUUUGUAGCACUUACCGCAGCAACAUAGAGAAGAGAUCCUGUAAAGCUGAGAAGUUAUGGAGAAAAUGCGGAAAAUGAGCUUAAUAUCUGAAGAAGGAAAAUGAAUUCAAGCGUCGGAGACAUGGACUUCAACUUUUGCACUGUCAGAACUAGUGCACGUUUCUGCAGAAAGGUUAUAGGGCCAUGCAGAAUUUUGCAUUACAGUCAAGCACAUGAAGACCUUUGCACGACCGUUUAAGUUGCGAUAACUUUUGGAUCUCUACAGCUGUUGCACAGUGCUCCUGCUGCAAAGGAUUCAUACGCCUUUUGGGCCCAUUGGGAUCCUCUCCUGCAGAAAACAAAAGGGAGGGGCAAGAGAGAGAAAAGAGAAGAUAGAAAGAUGAUGGAGAGAGAAUGAGAAUGACAUGAGAUGGAAGAAUGUACACCGGAGUUACACAACCAUCUAAGAACUCUAUUCUCUUGUGAAGUUUCAACUAGGGGUGGGCAUGGUUCAGUUCUGGAUGAAAACUGAACCGAACUGAACUGAACUGUGUGCUAAAUUUAAAAUAACUGAACUGAACUGUUUGCAUUUCAAACCAAACUGAACUGUUUCAAACCGAACUGAACUGUUCCGAACUGAACUGAAUUGUUAUUAUUGAUACCUUUGAAAAAAAUAUGAAAAAACAAAUGAAAUUGAAUUUUAGUUACUGAACUGAACUGUUCCGAACUGCACUGAACUGUUUCGAAUCGAACUGAACUAUUUUGAACUGAAUUGAACUGCUUCAGUUCAGAUUCAGAACUGUUAGUAAUGGUUUAGUUUUUUUUUUGGUUCAGUUCAAUUUUUGGUUUUUUUGCCCACCCUAAACCACACAUAUUUUCAAGCUAUAUGAAAGUGAUCUCAGAAUAUUGUAUCAAGCAUGAGCCAAUAGAAUUUGAAUUUUUUCUUCA